UACAAAAUGUCAACAACGAUUGACGUGGAAGAUGAAAACAUUUUGACAACUAUCUUCAAAGAUGCAUUCCCGGAAAAUUGGCAAGAAAAUCCUGAAUUUGUAAAAUAUUUGGUAGAACUAAGUUCCUAUGGAGUCGAUAAAUUGGCAAGGGAGCCAGACAGGUUGGCUGAAGAAAGGUCUCAGAUAUUGGAAGAAACCAGGAACCUAGCAUUCCAUAAUUAUACCACAUUUAUACAGACGGCUGAUUGUUCUAAAGAAAUUUUUGAAGACUUUCAAAUUAUUGAAGGUCAUUUAGAUUCAUUGUUAACCAAGUUACCAGAUUUCUCUAAAGAAUGUGAUCAUGUUAUUAAAAAAACACAAGAGAUAAGUUCAAGUCGACGUAUGAACACUUUAACUCUACAAAGGCACACACAGUUGUUGGAGAUAUUAGAAAUGCCUCAAUUGAUGGAUACUUGUGUAAGGAAUGGUUAUUAUGAGGAAGCUUUAGAACUAACAUCUCAUGUCAAAAGAUUGGAGAAAAAACAUUCCAAUAUUCCUGUUAUUAUGAAUAUUGUGAGUGAGGUAAAGAAUUCCACACAGUUAAUGUUAAAUCAAUUGAUACAACAAUUACGAACAAAUAUACAAUUACCAGCUUGUUUACGUGUUAUUGGUUAUUUACGUAGAAUGGAUGUUUUCACUGAAGCUGAAUUACGUAUUAAAUUUUUACAGGCUCGAGACAGCUGGUUACAGAAUAUAUUACAAGCUAUACCUAAAGAAGAUGCAUAUAUCCAUAUCAACAAGACAAUAGAGGCCAGUCGGGUACAUUUAUUUGAUAUUAUAACUCAAUAUAGAGCUAUAUUUUCUGAUGAUGAUCCGUUAUUAUCAACUACUAAAGAUGAUGGGAUCAAUGAAACAGCUUUAUUUCAUGGUUGGGUCGUUCAAAAAGUUUCACAGUUUCUGUCUACCUUAGAGCAUGAUUUACUGCGAGGUGUUGGUGGAAGAUUAGACUCUCUGUUAGGACAAUGUAUGUAUUUUGGAUUGUCAUUUAGUCGCGUUGGAGCUGAUUUUAGAGGUCUCUUGGCACCGAUAUUCCAAAAUGCUGCUCUUAAUUAUUUCCAAGUUGCUUUGAAAAUUGCAAAUAAAAAGUAA